GUUGCUGCAAGUGAAGGAGACGACGAGACAAGGAAGGAAAGCCUGAAAGCCUCCUCCUUAGCUCAACGUUUCACUUAGCUGUCAACACAUGGGACUGAUUUGGACACCAAACAGAAACUCUUUGGCCACAACGUCACUUUUGAACAAUUCUCACCUCCCAACGAGAGCCACUCGAUUGGGAUUUAACCAUGGUUUCCACUGAGCACGUGGCUCACAAGAUACUAACUUACCUGCCAUAUGUUCUUGUUUUGAUUGACAUGCGAUACGAAGGUGUCAAAUGUGGCAGGGAAGGGAGUGUGGACCAUCACAUGGAAAUGGGCAAGAAGCUGCUAGCAGCGGGACAACUGGCCGACGCACUCUCUCACUUCCACGCCGCUGUAGAUGGCGAUUCCAAGAACUACCUGGCUUAUUACAGAAGAGCCACUGUGUAUUUGGCCAUGGGCAAGUCCAAGUCAGCAUUGCCAGAUUUGAGCAAAGUUAUUGAACUCAAGCCUGACUUCACAUCUGCACGUCUCCAGCGGGGCAACCUUCUCCUGAAGCAAGGCAAGCUGGACGAAGCAGAGAGCGAUUUCCGAAAUGUGUUGAAGGUUCACCCCAGCGAAAAGGAGGCAACCGAAGCUCAGCAUCAGCUGACAAAAUCUGACGAGCUCCAGCGUCUAGUGGCUGAGGCUCGACAAAGCUACCAUAGCAAAGACUACGUGACGGCCGCGGCUCAGUUGGACACCAUCAUUGAGACUUGCGUUUGGGACGUGACCUCUCGCGAGAUGCGAGCAGACUGCUUCAUUCAGAUGGGCGAGCUGGGCAAAGCAAUCGGUGACCUAAAGGCCUCGUCUAAGUUGAGGAAUGACAACACGCACGCCUUCUACCAGCUCAGCACCAUCUACUACAACCUGGGCGACCAUGAGAUGUCCCUCAAUGAAGUGCGUGAGUGCUUAAAGCUGGACCCCGAUCAUAAGCAGUGCUUCAGUCACUACAAGCAGGUCAAGAAGCUCAACAAACAGAUUCAGUCCGCUGAAGAACUGAUUCAAGAGCAGAGGUAUGAGGAGGCAGUGAGUAAAUAUGAGGCAGUGAUGAAGACUGAGCCCAAUGUGGUUCCUUUCACAAUUCUGGCUAAGGAGCGCAUCUGCCACGCCUUGACACAUGGACAGCAGCAGGCCACCAGAGCCAUCUCGAUGUGCAGCGAAGUCCUCCGUGAGGACCCAGACAACCUCAAUGCGCUGAAGGACAGAGCUGAGGCUUACAUCCAAGAUGAACAGUAUGAGGAGGCCGUUAAAGAUUACGAAAAUGCGUCCAAACACAGUGAGAACGACCGUGAGAUCAAAGAAGGUCUGGACAAAGCACAACGCCUCCUCAAGCAGUCUCGGAAGAGAGACUAUUAUAAAAUCCUGGGAGUCAAAAGGACAGCCCAAAAAAAGGAGAUCAUCAAAGCGUAUAGAAAGCUAGCACAACAGUGGCACCCGGACAACUUCCAGGAUCCAGAUGAAAAGAAAAAAGCCGAGAACAAGUUCAUAGACAUCGCUCAGGCCAAGGAAGUACUCACUGACCCUGAGAUGAGAACCAAGUUCGACCAUGGUGAAGACCCAAUGGACCCCGAGAGCCAGCAAGGUCACCACGGGGGAGGAGGCCAUCACUUCCACUUUAACCCGUUCGGAUCGGGACCCUUCAACUUCAAGUUUAACUUUCACUGAGGACGGCCGGCGUGAUUUGAAUUAAAGCGGUUUGUUGAUAUGUGGACUCCUUCAUUUUGAAACUGAUAUGUUGCUAUGCAAACUUAAAAGGGUUCGUUCCAAAGUAUGUGUCGUUUCAUUCAGGAAAACCAUUUUGUACCUGUAAGUACACAAUUGUUUUAUAUGAUCAGAAUGUGUCUUGACCUGUAAAUAAAGAGCUUAUUUAUGUAGAUUAAAUGCACUUGAUUUGCUUGGGGGAACACAACACUAAUUU